GUACAGCCCACAAGUCCUUCAGGAAACAAAAAAGAAAAGGGUGACAAAUGUAAUUUGGAUUCCCAUCUUUCUUCCUAGGUGCUUCAGUUUUCAUGAACCAAAAAGAAAUCCCAAUUCUCCUCUUCGUUCUUUUAUCCACCACAACUCCUGCGCACGAUAGCCAACACAAAGAUAUUGAGAAAACCAGUUGAUUAAUGGCUUCUUCAUCUUCAUCACGACCGAAGCAACCAUAUGAUCUAGACAUAACAGUAAUCUCAGCAAAGCAUCUCAAGAAUGUAAACUGGAGACACGGAGAUUUAAAGCCCUAUGUUAUCUUCUGGCUUGAUCCAGAUCGUCGAAUCUGUACUCAACCAGAUGAUUCAGGGUCAACUCGUCCUGUUUGGAAUGAAACAUUUACUUUAUCAGUAAAUCAAUCUCUUCAUGAUUCGCUACUAACUCUUGAAAUCUUUCAUUCCAAACCUUCUGAAACACCUAAACCAUUAGUCGGAACCCUAAGAUUCCCACUCAAAGAUCUCGUCGAAUCGGAAUCGGAAUUUUCAAACUCAGUCACUUCUGUCAUCAAAACACUGGAACUUCGUCGUCCUUCUGGUCGUCCUCAAGGUAAGAUCCGGAUUAAGCUUUCUCUUCGUGCACGACCGCUACCUCCAGCACCACCACAACCGCAGCCACAACCAGAUUACCAUAUUACCCCUCCGUCAAGCUAUUAUUACUCUUCUGCCCCUCCACCACCACUUCCUAGAGAUUACACUAGAGAAUACUCUCCUUCUCCAUACACUGCAAGUCCGAUUCCUCAACCAGCACCUACACCUCCCCCACCUGCUCCAUACACUUACGGCGGUGUUGUUGUAGGUGGUUCAACAGUAGACCCAUACAGGUAUUAUUAUACAGGUUAUCAUCCACCACCACCACUUCCACCAAGACCUUUCUUUGAUAGGGCUUCUAGUUAUGGAGGACCACCAUCUGCACCAGUUGAUUAUUCAUCGGCUCCAUUGUAUGAUCAGAAGCAGAGAGGAGGGGGCAGUAAAAUGGGAUUGGGUACUGGUUUAGCUGUUGGUGCAGUAGCUGGGGUUUUAGGUGGUCUUGCAUUAGAGGAAGGUUUGAAAUAUGAAGAAGAGAAAAUUGCUAAUAGGGUUGAGAAUGACAUUGCUGCUAGAGAUGAUUACAGUGAUUAUCGAAGUGAUUACUGAACUGGGGUAAUUUAUUUUUCCUUUCUUUAGUAAGAUGGUUUGGAUUUCGUAAAAUGGUUAAUCUUGUUAUGAUGUUUACUUGAUAUAUAUAUGUGUAUAUGACUUGUGGUAUUUCAUUCCCAAUUCUCUGUCGUUUGUUACUGAUAUUAAGUUGAAAAUGGAUGUGGGGAUUUAGAGUUCAUCGAACCAAAAUCCUUCUAAUUAUUGUAAAUUUCGCUGCUUUGCUUUCAAAUAAUGAAUGAGAAGGUUCCAGACAUCCA